GCCGUGCCCGUGUCCCAGCAGGCGGGCGCCCGAGCCAGCGGCACUUAGGCGCGCAGCAGGGCCGGCCCGCGGAGGGCGAGGCGAGGCGAGCCCCGGCGCUUUCACACGUGCUCGUCUUUGUUGACAGGGCUGGGCCCGGCCCGGCGUCACGUGCCCCGACGGCCGGCCUCGGGCUCGCAGCUGCGCGGGUCUCCGCUCAAUGCCGCGACUUCCUGCCUGCGCUGCAACAGCGGCGGCGGCUGCAAGCAGGAGGGCGGCGGCGGCGGCGGCGAUCGGCGCUCCGGUUCCGCGGCGGGGUCCGGGCGGGCGGACGCCGCCGCCUGUGUGGCUGCGGGUCGGGCGUGCGCGUGCGUCCCCGGGGAGCGGCGACGGGCGAAGAUGAGCGCGGGGCACGUCGUCUGCACCGGCUGGCUGAUCAAGUCGCCCCCCGAGAAGAAGCUCAAGCGCUACGCUUGGCGGAAACGCUGGUUCGUGUUACGUCAAGGCCGAAUGAGCGGCAACCCGGAUGUGCUGGAAUAUUAUCGGAACAGUCAUUCCAAGAAGCCUAUCCGGGUGAUAGAUCUGAACGAGUGUGAAGUGGUGAAACACUCGGGGUCCAACUUGAUCAAGAAGGAGUUCCAGAACAACUUUGUUUUUGUUGUGAAAACAACCUACCGCACUUUCUACCUGGUGGCCAAAUCGGAAGAGGAAAUGCACGUGUGGAUCCACCACAUAACCCAGAUCUGUAAUUUUGGACACUUGGAAGAUGGGACAGAUUCAGGAGACAGUCUGUCCCACACCACAUCUUCCCCACAACCUUCUCCGGCUAUUUCUGCCCACGCAAUGAGGACUGCAAGCUCUUCUCUUUCGGCUGACCACACCACCGCCGAUGCUGCAGCAGCCGAGGAGACGGUCAGCGAGUCGGAAUCUGUCUUUCUGCCUGACUAUCUCUUUUUGUCCAACUGUGAGACCGGAAAACUCAGCCACGUUAGGUGCCACAGUUGGUCCAAUUCUGACCGCUCUCUGGAGAGGACGCUAUCGGAUGAUGUCUUCUUUGACUUUGUGGCUUCUCAGUCCUCCCUGUGCUUACAGCUUUCUGGUGGGCUGCUUCAAGAGAUGGUCCAGCCAACGAUUCAUGGCAUCCUUCCGAGGAACGCAGACUCCAGUGGGCCUCCUUCUAGUGACUUCUCUUCUUCCUCGCCUCUGUCAGGGCCUCCUGCAACCCCAACCAUCCUAGCAGAAAAAAGCCAGAAUACUCUUCCCGGUGGCUUUACCGAACUUGAGAUUUGGGCUAAGAGUCCCCCUCCCAGGCCACCAAAGCCACCCCACUUGCCAGACCGAAGAGCUGAAGACCCGGCGGGUGGGGUCCUUCAGAACGGACGCGCCAGGAUCUCCAGCUCUCCGGGGAUCUUGGUUCCAAGGAGGAUCUCCCUCUCGGGAUUGGACAGCAUGAAAGGUUGUAGAGCCGACAUGGAAGAAAAUUCUUUACGGCGCAGGGAUAAGAGGUUGAGCUUGAACUUGCCUUGCCGAGUGAGCCCUCUCUAUUCCUGCUCGUCAAGCAACUCCGAAGACAGCUACGUUCCCAUGCAUCCACGCGCCUCCCCCCCUGUCCCCGGAACUGACUGCACACCUGAUGGCUACAUUCCCAUGAACCCAGGACCGGCUACUUUUGCUCUCGCUGAAGUUAGCGCAGAAAAGCUCACCAGCCCCUUGCCUGAACUCCCCACCGACCUGGAACCCCCUCCGGUCAACCGGGAUCUUAAACCUCGGACAAAAUUCCGACCGCCUCCGCUGGACCUACGAAAUCUUUCCACCAUCAGAGAACAUUCUGCCUUAACCAGGACGUGGACUGUGCCUUACAAUCGAACAAGCUUUAAUUCUCCAGAAAGAGACUGCAUUAAUUCAGCCAGGGUAUUUGCUGCCUCGGUUUCCGGAGAAGAGGAAGGAAGUUACAUUGAAAUGGAGCACCAGCAAGCAACAUCUCCAUAUAACGGAGAUUUCCAAUCGCCAAAGAAGUUUAGCCUUGACUACUUAGCACUGGAUUUUAAUUCUGCUUCUCCAUCUCCUGUACAGAAGAAACCUUUCCUGUCGGAAGAACAACGAGUGGACUACGUUCAGGUAGACGAGCAAAGAACUCAAGCUCUGCAAAACACGAAACAGGAAUGGACAGAUGAGAGGCAAUCCAAAGUGUGAAGAGGAGAAGGCACGGAUUGGUCCCUAGGUUGUGUUUUUCUUUGUUUUUUUUUUGUUUUUUUUUUGCACACCGAAAUCAGGUCAUUUGAACGAUGGAGCAGAGCCUGGAAUUGUUGCAGAGCAAAAGUAUUGACGGCUGCUUUCCUCGUGCCGUGAGGAUGGAGUAACGGAAGAAGUGGGUCAGCUGUAAAAAGACUGGGAUGCGGCGGAUUGGAAUGGCAUCCCCUUAGUCAUUCCCUUCACUGCUUCUGCCAGUUAGGAUCUGAAUGGUACCCAUUUUAAGACCCAAACUUGGCUUUUUUGGACACAAACGGGAACAAAAGCCUUGCAGUGUCAAUAUUAAACACUGUAGUUACUUGUGACUGUUUUUUUUUUUUCCCUACAUCCUGGCUACUUAACAGAAGCUACAUCUAUUAUAGCAGCUGGUACUGAUCGAUGCUAGGAAAAUAAGGGCUAAAUAUGAGAAGUUAGGGAAAGUAACUUGGGUGGGCGGGAAAGGCUUAGGGUUUUUUUAUAUAUAUAUAAAAUGUUUGCCAUUUUCUUGACUAAAUCCAAGAGUGUAAAUACAGUGCUACUUCUUUUUGCCAGUGGAACUCGUCUUUGGAGAGUAAGAUCCAUCCGUUUGUUUGUAAGAGCCCUGGCGGCGCAGUGGUUAGAAUGCAGUAUUGCAGGCUGACUCUGCCCACAGUCUGGGGUUCGAUCCUGACUGGCUCAAGAUUGACUCAGCCUUCCAUCCUUCUGAGGUCGGCAAAAUGAGGACCCAGACUGUUGGGGGCAAAUUGCUGACUCUGUAAACUGCUUAGAGAGGGCUGUGAAGCGGUAUAUAAGUCUAAGUGCUAUUGCUAUUGCUAUUGUCUCCUCACGUGGGCAAAAUGGCCUUAAGUUGAACAUAAGCUGCAUUCAGAGGCUUCCACGUUGUCCCUUUCAAGAGAAACGAAGGGAAACUGUUGAGCUAUUUUUGUAACUCCGUCAUGCUUGGAGACCACCAAAAGGCUGUGUCUGUGCUGCAGGGAAGCAGUUUCUGAAUUCCAGUCGGCAAAAUCCUACUGGAUUUCUGCAGGGAAGUAUUUGGUCAAAAAAAAAAAAAAAUCACAACGAGGGCUAUGAUUGUGUGUAGAAAGUCUUGUCCCUUUUUUAAUGUGCAUUGUACCUCCCUCUUGAUUUUUCUUUUCUUUUUUAUUUUUGACCCCCGGCAGAUAUUCCUGGAUCAGUACUUGAGAUUUUGUUCCUUUGUUGAGUGUCACUAAUGCUAAGAAUUCUUGCAAUGAACCUGACUGAAACAUUUAGCAUUAAACUAUUUACUUCCAGUUUAGUGUUCCCGUAAUCAAAUAAACAGAAAUAUGAAUUCUUCGA